ACGCAAGAGGUCAAAGACCAGAAUCGUGAGAGCCAACGGCGAUCGCGAGCCCGUCGCACUGAGUUGAUCAAUGAUCUCAAGAAGCAAGUACAAGAUUAUCAGCGGCAAGGCGCAUCCGCGUCUUUGGAAAUGCAGAGAAUGGCUCAAGCAGUUACAUUUGAGAACCAGCGUUUACGAAGCUUGCUCAGCGCUCAUGGCGUAUCGCAGGAAGAGAUCCACCGAUAUAUCUCAUCUCCUCCAGCUCUUUCGCCUGAAUCACCCGGUGAAAGGGUAAAGCCGCAGCCACCACAAUCUCAAGAAGGCAAUAAAUCUCAAUGCUGUGGAUCUCGCUCAAAUGAAAACGACCACAAAUGUAGCGAAAAGUCCUCGGAUGUUAAACCCAAUCUCACGACAACACAUCCUCUUCCAAAGCAUAUAGCACCCGAAGCUACUAGCCCUACCGACUCUAUGGAAACAUCCUGCGAUACAGCAGCAUCUAUUCUCGUGGAUCUUCAUCACCACAUGGAUACUGAACAGGCUCGUGCUGCCCUUGGUUGCAGAGGAUCAGAGAGCUGCAACGUCAGCAACAUCAAGAUCUUUCAGCUCUUGGAGAAA